UCAGGACGACGUGGUCAUUAUGCUCAUUGGCAACAAGUGCGACGUGAACGGCGAGCGCGUGGUGCGGCGCGAGGACGGGGAGCGUCUGGCGCGCGAGUACAACGUGGCCUUCACGGAGACGUCGGCCAAGACGGGCCUCAACGUCGACCUCGCCUUCAUGGCCGUCGCCAGAGAGCUGAAGGCGCGGAAGUCGACCAACUCGAACGAGCGCAAGUUCAACGUCGCCGACUACGUCCGCCAGGAGGCCAAGAGCGACGGGUGCGUGUGCAACGUUGGCUAAGGACAACAAUACGAAGACGCAACGUUACCCAUCGAACGUUUAUUUCAUUCAGAGAUGAGGCUUUGUCCUUGACUUUGGCGGUCCAGCAGGGCGCGAAUCUGUUACGUGUCUGUCAGUGUUUGUGGAGGUGCAGAUAGACCCAAAGACAGGGAGGUCGGCUGGAAUGAGAUUUGUGUCUGUCGUUAAAGAAAACGGUGUCUGUUUCUGUGUCGAAGGGCGGGAAAAUGGCUUGUAUGGAAGCUUUGGCUUUUAGCGGUGGUUGUGUCUUGUAUUUAGAAGGUUCUGUUUAUCGGGACAGCCAGACCGUAAGGGUAUAUUUGGCUGAGAGGGCAUUUUGUGUCUGUAGAGGCGUCUGGGCCUAAGUAUUCAGAGUCUUUGUCGAAGCUCUGGCUGUCGAUUCGAAGUAUUAUAAUAAUACAAAGUUUUGACAUGGAUUUUGGAAAUCGGGGGAACGAGUUUUAACGUAAAGCCAUGGGAAAUGCAGCAACAAUGCCACUGAUCUACAGUGUGUCCUGAAAUAUACGUAAUUUUACGCGCAACAACUGAUACAAGUUACUUGGGGAAAGUUUCACGAAGAAAACAAGGAAUGAGUAAAACGAGCAAGUUGGGCUGCUGUUGUCGAUGUCCAUCACUUAAAAGAGUUUCCCUUAUUUCACGAAACCGGUAGUCGCGAGAACCACGAAGGAUAGACGCUUAUUCGAGAUCGGACAGCGUUGAGACAUCCGGGUAAACAGCGUGUCAGGCGAUACAGCAAGGAUUGUCAAUUCAGAUGACAGCGUUUUCCUGAAGAUUUGCCGUUCUUGUUGUCAAAUCGUGCUCCUUUCGCGCAAGAUGAUAUAGAAAAGAAUUGUACAAGAAACACGGAAGACCCAAGUUAUUCACCGAAUGCAGAUACAGAUACGUCCAUUUUAUAACACGUGUAUUUAUUACGACAAGAUUCUUCGCUUGCAGGCAAAUGAAUGUAUGUAUAAAUAACCACAUAUUUAUUUGAACGAAAUACUUGCUUGCGAAAGAGUCGUAGCCAAAGGUAUAAACAUAAACACAAACAGAAAACCGGGUAAUCCUACAUCCCAGGACAAUAAAGGUGAUAUAAUCACAUAUUAACACUUGUCAUUACGUUAUCUGUACAGUAUGGUGUGCAAGAGUGAUAUUACUUGCUAUGAAAAUAUACUGACUUUCAGUGUUAACGGUUUCCAUAAUCAUUACGGUUAAUCUUAUUGUGUUAAUACUUGGUUCAGACUUAACAAAACAGUAGGAUUUUCCUGUAAUAUCCCGAUAUUUUUUGUAUAUGUAUAAUUGUUUGUGUUCAUGUUUUUUUGUUUUUUUUUUUUGCAGAUAUAUGAUUUGUACUUGUAAAGUUUGAAAGAAAUAUAUUAUAAUUUCU